AUGGCAGGCAUGAACUCGCUCAGUCUUGAACUUAUAGAGCUUAUUGUUCUUGAGCUUGUCAAGCUCCUGUUCCACGACUCUGCUGACGGAAUCCCGGGAAGGGAAACACACCACCUUCUAGCUCCAUACGCCAGAAUCUCACGGAAAUUCCAGGUAGCGGUCGAGCGCUUUUUGUACCGCUCCGUUCAAACAUCAAGCUCUGUUCAAAGAGAGCUAGAUGCCAUCAGAGCAAGCCCGUCGCGCAGGGCAGCGCUGCGAGACCUUGUCUACGUCAUCGAACUGCCAGCAUACGACUCUGAGCUGCUCUACGCAAUGGAGCGGCGCAGGGAACACCGCGCGAACCAAGAUUCUUUUCGAAAUGGGCUGGUGAAAAUUUGGCAUGAGCUCAGUGGCUGGGAUAAGCCGCCUUCAUUGUUCCUGGAUCUGAGCGCCUCUUCGCCGAGCGACGAUUGCAGCGCCUUUGACAGUGAGAACCGCUGGCUGUUGCCAGAGCAUAGUCUGAGUAUCGACACAAACGAGAGCCUCAAGCUCCCAAAGAUUGAGUGCAUGAUUUCGCUGGCGGUAGGGAAACAGGGGCGGCGCAUCCACCCGGCUACCGUCUAUGAGAUGAUCCUCACUCUGCCGAAUCUACGUGUGCUCGACUGGACGAUGGCAUCCGUUCAACUACGAUAUAAGGCACUAAGGGCUGAAUACUCGGCUAUUCUAGCUAAAGCCCUCCAAGCGCCCACCCUAGUCAAGCUGGAAGUCCUCUCCCUCUCCCUGACCGAGUGCCCGCCGAAUAACCAUGAUUUCGACAUGGGCCUAGAGCGAGACCCCACCUAUCCUGACGGGGAUAUGCUAAGCCUUGCCAUCAGAGAACUAGCACAGCGGAAUCUCAGAGAGCUAAACCUCGACCAGGUCCCUAUCUCACCGGCGCUUUUUGGGUCCUCGGACACAGACGUCAACACCUCUUUUCCGCACCUCGAGCAUGUCCGAAUCAAGUUCCCAAUCAUUACAUACGACGGCCGCUGGUACUACGCGGGGAACCGGGACUCGGUCAAUCCAGAAGAGUUAGAUCCCGAGGAACAGAUGCAAAUCGACAACGGACCAUCGCUGGAGGAGCCAGACUCAGACAUUGAGUCUGAUAUCUCGCUCAAUAUGGACCGCGCGGACUUUUUGAACGGCAAGAUUCCAUGGUACAACUGGAGGACACAUCCGGACCCAACCAUGUUCAACACGUUGAUUCGCUCCGUCGUGGCUGCGACACAUCGCAUGCCCAAGUUGAAGAACUUGCUCCUCACGACGAAAGUCCGCGGCCUUUCGACCUGUGACUAUGAGGACGAAUUGGAGCGGCAGUGGACGAUUAAGGCGAAUUACGCAACGCCAGGGUGCUAUAUAGGGACUCUGAGGUACCCGAACAUGUCAGUACAGGCGGACUCCAGGUGCAGGUGGGUUGUAAAUUUGGGACCGAGGGUGCAAUGGGAAGUACCAUCCGAUAUACAGGGAAUGAUGAAGGAGAAGGUGGGUGAUGGCGGUGAUUUGGUGAUAUACCGCUCGCGGUCGUGA